GUUUAUGAAAUCAUAAAAGCCUAUAUACAUAGAUAGGGAGAUGGCUAUAGAUACAGGUGCUUUAUCUCGGCCUCCAGCUCCUCAUUGGUUCACUCCUAAAAGGUUACUUGUAGUAUUUUUUGUCAUCAACGUGAUGAAUUAUAUGGAUCGAGGAACAAUUGCAAGUAAUAGUGUAAAUGGUAGUCCCAGAAUUUGCACGCAAAGUGGUGUGUGCUCUGAUGGUAGUGGAAUUCAAGGUGAUUUUGAUCUGACCAAUUUUAAAGAUGGUGUUAUAUCAUCCGCUUUCAUGGUUGGGCUUCUUGUCGCUUCUCCCAUAUUUGCAUCAUUGGCUAAGAGCAUCAAUCCUUUUAGGCUUAUUGGAGUUGGAUUGUCGGUAUGGAUUCUUGCUGCAGCUGGUUGUGGAUUUUCAGUUGACUUUUGGUCCCUCGUGGUAUGUCGAAUGCUAGUUGGAGUUGGUGAAGCUUCUUUCUCAUGUCUUGCAACUCCAUUCAUUGAUGACAUUGCUCCUGUCGAUCAGAGAACAACAUGGCUGGGAAUAUUCUACAUGUCCUUACCGACUGGAGUUGCUGUCGGUUAUGCUUAUGGAGGAUUGGUUGGGGCUAAAUUAGGUUGGCGUUGUGCAUUUUUUGGUGAGGCAAUUUUAAUGUUGCCAUUUGCUAUUUUGUUUUUCACAAUGAAACCUUUACAUAUGAAAGGUAUAUCAAUUGAUAAGAAGUUCCCAAUGUCUUUGAAUGACAAUCUUCCUAACCAUAGCUCCAAGGAACAUGCUAGCUACCUUUCAAUUACAUCCAAUCAGUUAUCCAGAUUUUGGGUAGAUAUCCAAGCUAUUUUGCACGAGAAGAUAUAUCUAAUAAAUGUUCUGGGUAUGAAUGCUUAUUACUUUGUCCUUGGUGGAUAUUCAUACUGGGGACCAAAGGCUGGUUAUAGCAUAUAUCAAAUGAAUAAUGUUGAUAUCUUUUUUGGUGGAAUCACAAUAACUGGUGGAAUUAUUGGAACAUUGGGGGGAAGUAUUAUCUUGGAUCGCAUGAAAUCCACUAUACCUAAUGCUUUUAAGGUAGAGAUUUCUAUUAUAUACUGUAUUAUGGAGACAUCGGACAUCCAUAAAAUCUUCAAGUUGGAGCUGCUUUUCACAACGACGUUCUUUGCAGCAGUAUUUUGCUUUAGUGCCUUUUGUUUCAGUAACUUGUACGUUUACAUGGUUCUUUUCCUUAUUGGGGAGAUUCUCAUUUUUUCCAAUAUGGGACCUAUAAAUUUUGUAUGUCUCCAUACUGUUACACCAACUUUACGACCAUUAGCUAUGGCUAUGUCAAUUGUGUCUUCUCACAUCUUUGGUGAUGUGUUAUCCACUGCACUUGUUGGAAAACUCCAGGACAAAGUUGACAACUGGAGGACAUCCAUUCUGAUCCUAACUUUAGUAUUGUUUUUGGCAACUGGAAUAUGGUUUAUGGGCAUGUUUCUUCACAACUUAGACAGAUACGAUGAAGACAACGAAAUUCUAGUGACUACUUCCAAGCAGUCAGACGUAAUACCGUUGCUUAAAAAUAAGUCGGAUGAUGUGAUUCCUACUUCUACUUCACUUUAAGCAUGAAAUGAUGGAUCAUAGAUUCAAGACGAAGCAAAUGUACAACAUCAUCAACCAUUGAUGUUUUCAACUCAACAAAAGUUUUCCAUUUUAUGUUGUAUCAUUUUAUUGGCAAAGUAUGCGUGAACUCUCAAUUAGCAGUUAUGUAGCUUUCGUUUAGCAUGUGUUGGACAGAGUCUGAUCCAAUAUGCAAACUACCCGACUCAACAUCUUAUCAAGUUUUCAGUAAAUUCUCAUAUAUGUAAUUAGUGUUGUAAGCCGGUUGAACUUAAAUAACUCAACCUGAGCUCACGCAUGGCAAAUAUUAGAAGAUUCUUGGAUUGAACUUGUUGAAAAA